UAAAGAAUCCGCUAAUACUCCUGUUCAACUCAGCUAUCAGCAUUGUGAAGAAGUUUUAUCAGAAGUUUCAACAUGCGGGCUCUGAUACUAGUUUUCUUCUUGUCCACCUUGACAACCAUCUGGGGAUAUACUAAUCACUUUCGUCGGCCUAGCAACCGUCUCAGUUGCGAAGACGUUGUAAAACAGGGUUUAUGUUAUUGUGAAGAUGUGUUGGAGAAAUAUGGUACUGGUUUGGCAAAUCACCUGAUCAAGCAAUGUUGUACUGAUGACGAUGAAGCGAAAAAGGUCAUUGUUAUAACCAAUGCUGGCGAACAAUUUGUUAAGAUGUUGAAUGGGGUGUUUGAACCACUUGAUUUUUGUGAUAUAGUAGAUAAAAAAGACGCCUGUCCUAAAUGUUGUGCAGUGAAUGGAAACUGGGGAGAGUGGACACGGUUCAGUCGUUGUUCUGCGUCAUGUGGUUUUGGAGUGAAGUCCCGAAAGCGGUUCUGUAAUAAUCCUUCGCCGGCCAAUGGAGGCGAAGAUUGUCCGGGGUCUAAUAUAGAAAACAGAAAAUGUAUCUUUUCAAAAUGUCCAGAGAAACUAUGUGAAAGUUUCGAUGGUUAUCAUUUUGAUCCCGUCACCAGAUGCUGUAUCAAAGUCUUCCAGACGAAAAAAAACUUUUUUGGUGCCAAGAAAAAGUGUAUGCUUGAUGGCGGCGUGUUGUUGAAGUUGGACUCCACAGAUAAACGUGAUUUUUUGCAAACGCUAGUUGCCGAUAAUAGUGCCGAAACUUUUUUUAUUGGAGCGAGAGAUAUAAACGGUCAUGAUGAAUUUGAACAUCUAGACCACACACCUGUUAAAUGGAUUGGUAAAUUACCCACGUCAUCUAACCAAGAUUGUGUUCGAUAUAAACGUAUCAUCAAGGAAAUGGAUGCGACUUUCUGUUCUAAUGUGUUGAAGUUUGUGUGUGAGAGGGAUGUCUCUUUAAAACCUCGCAAACCCCUUAUCCUAACGUGAAUAUGCCUCUUAUUUAAAGAUGCAUUAUGUAAGAGAUAAAUCAGCCUCCCGGUAUUUUUUCUAGAUUCUAAUGUUCUAAAGAAUAUUCAUACGGCAAGCCAAUAACCUUACCUCUCUAGGCCAUCGGAUGGCUUAGAUAUUAAAUGAAUCAGAAUAAUUUAAUGAUAAAAUAGAUAACUGAGACUUUGUUUAUUUUACUUGGCAAUCGAGGAUAUCCUGUCAAAACUACAAACAUUAAUAACUUCGCCCAAAUUCUACUUUUGAAAUAUUAGCAAGAACGGCCAGCUAUUUAUCUGAAUCUAACAUAAUGCAUCUUUAACUAACAAUUGUCGAUAAUUAAAAAAAAUUUCUCAAACGUAAUAAUUAUGUAAAACCAUUUAGAGAUUAUAUUCAAAUCUACCGAAAAGCAUAUUUUACUCAAGCAGCAAUAUCUUGCGGGUUUCUGUAAUAAAUUUAUUAAGUAAACUUUGACCCCUUUUUCGAGCUACUCUCAAUAA